UUAUCGUCCUGUCUAUCUUUUGUUUUGUUUCGGUCACAUGCUCAUAACGGACCUUCUCCGUUAACUUGGACCUGUGGAUGUGUUACUGCAAGGAGUCUGUAUAUUCUUGGGACAUAUAUAUUUUAACCCGUCUCAGAAAGCACACACACACACCAACUUAAUGUGUCUGUUUUCUCUGCUGAUUACGUACUUUUCGGUUGCGUCGCUUUCUUUCGUUUUCUCCACCCCACUUUUAACUUGAUUUUUCUUUUCGUCAAUAUGACCCGUCAAUUAUAAACUGCCUUCUUAGAACGAACUCUAUUUCUUAAACUUGCUGUUAUUUUCCUAUUUCUGCGAGUCGCUGUUUCUGACAUGCUCCAUUAUUCUAUUUCCACGCACACACACAGGUAGGAAUUAUAUGCUAAAUGCAUCAGAAAACAUUAUUACAGCUUAAAUAAUAAGAGUUGCUGGAAAAUAUUGAAAUUGUUCCCAGUAAAACAUGCUUACGGCUAUAAAAAGAAGCAAUUUGUCGUCGGAUUACGCUGUGAAAUCAAUACUGCUAAUAUCCUUUAUCUUAGCUGCAGUGCAGUCUUUUUGGCCGUUGCCCUUGUGGCAAAUAAAAGAAAUUAUUAAAUGAAUACCAAAAUACCAGUGAAAUACUGAGGUCGACUGAAUCUACUAUAUUUCUUAAUUUGUGAUUUGUGUAGUAGUAAUAGAUACAUCCAUCCGUGGAGGUUAUCCACAUCAGUUGGAGAAAUGGGGGAUGCAUGGAAUAAAUCAAUCUCUCUCUCUCUCUCUUUGAGUGUACGCAUAUGUGUGUGUGAGUGUAGUGCGUGAAUGUGAGUGUGUGUAUAUGUGUGUGUAUAUGUUAACAGCGAACAAGUAAAGACGCCUGCUCUGUUUGAUGAAAGCAAGGAUAUACGUCGAGAUGAUCAGGCCAGGAUGGAGUUCUGUGAGGCAGCAGCAAGAUAAACAAGAUGAAAGUUAUACCAAACUGGCGACCAAGGGAGGAAAUACAAUGAAAAAAACAAGAAAUGGACAACACACGUGAUAAAAACUGUUUUCUUAAGGCAACAUUAGAAAUGAAAACAGCUCAAAACUAACGAGAAAAUAUCAUGAAAAAGGAGAGAAAAAUAUAAAACUAUUGACGCAUCUUCCCGUUCGCUUUUACAGGAUUGCGAACAUAGUGGUUACUGUGUCUUUUGAAACAUUUCAACCAUCUUUAGAAGAUUGUAAGUCUGAUUUUUCAUAUAAGUCCGCAAUCUUUCAGACUAUAGACACAAAACAAGCACAUUUAUAGAAAUUAUUAUUAUACGUCUCCAUAACUCUUUCUCUCUCAUACACACACACACACCUAUCUAUCUAUCUAUCUAUCUCUCUAUCUAUCUGUCUAUCUAUCUAUCUAUCUAGCUAUCAUAUAUCUAAGCCUUUUCUGUAGUAAAAAUAGAUGUCUUAUAGGUGGAGGAAUAUUUAAUAAUAAUAAUAUAUACGUUUGUAUAUUUUAUCAUUGACCUCUAAGGAAAAGAAUGAUUCAGUUAUAUUAAAAGACAUCUAGUUUAAGUCACGUCAACAGCUAAGGGUAUGCACAAAUCCAAAGCUACAUCUACCCCAACAUCAACUUCUUCGUCAGCAUCGACAUCAGUGCAGGGUUCGAAAAACAAAGGUAAAACGAGUAAUAAAAGUGGUAGUUAUAGUGCAAGUGAUUGUGAAAGUGUUAGUUUAAAUGUUGGUGGUAGCAGUGAUAAUAACAAAAGUGGCGUCCGGGAUUUAGAUGAUGGUGGUAAGCAUGACACGGACCCUUCGUCUGUGCAGUCUGAUUCACAACAGGCCAAUCGUCCUCCUUUAGACAGGCAAGGAGAGAUCGGAUCUGCUCCCUUAGCUACUUUUGACACCGUUGACCUUUCUGACGAAGAAGUGACAAACAGCAAAGACACAGCUUCUGCAAACACUGAGGUAGUCAAUAACAGCGAUCUGCCACAUGCUUCUAUUGUAGGUACUACUUCAAAAACCUCUCUUUCAGUCACCACUAACACUCACACAAAAGAAGCCGCCUCAAACGAACUCGUUCAUACAGUAUGUUCUAUUCCUGCAGCUGCGAGCAAAAUAAGCACAGCUGAAACUACUACAAGUACUGUAACGAUCCAUAAUAAACUACCUAUAGUUAGUUCGUGUUUGUAUAAAGAAUCCCACAUAGCUGCUUCCAGUGAUGUUACAUCGGACGACUGUUCUCGAAAUGCUGAUGUAUGCCAAAGUAAUUCACCAAACUCUAAGUCCUCAAAAGAAUCAGUUCCCGUAAAUGUCAGCAAAGGCAGUAAAUCAAAAAAGAAACAGAAAAUAAAAAAUGCUGCAAGUAAAACAUUAUCUCCAUCGCCAGCUAAAGAGAGUAGGCAAAAGAAAAAAACGUUUUUUGGUCGCAAAACAAACGCAUCGGACUUAGAUGGAGAAAAGGACAGUGAAGUGGUUUCUAAACAAUCUGAGGUUGUAAACCAUCAGCUUGUUGAUGCACCUUCGUCUGACGAUGAUGCGGACAGCAGGACGUAUAGAGGGAUAUCUCCAGGAUGCUUGGACUCACCAUCUUCGUUUGCAUCAUGUAAAACUGAUAAUUUACAUGAUGUAACUAAAGAUCAACAGGAAUCAGUCACAUUACCUUCUGCAACAGAAGGUGCCGCAGACGUUGAUUUUGUUAACUUUGAUACAACUGAAGAUGGUACAGCUACUCCAGUAGCAACAGAGCCAGGCUCUGGACCCAAGUUAAAAGAUUUAAGUGCUGUAGAAAAAGUAAACUUACUCGAUGACUCUAGUUCAUCAGAAAGUGAUCUAAGUGCUGCAGAAAGCCUAACGACCGAAAAUAUCUACUCAUCUUUCGCUGCUGGUCGGGAUUCUCUUAAAGGUAAUGCAUUGAAAGAAGUUGAUGAUAUUGGUCAACAGUUUGAUAACUUUACAGAACCCACCUCUUUCAAUUCUAAACGCAAAGCUUAUGAACGAAGAUUACAGCGACUGCAAGUAAAAACCACUCCUAUCAACAGACCACGUAGUGCUACACCUCUCAGUGUUGUGACUUUAGACGAAUAUACACAUCUUAGUUCCCCAGAAGUAUCUCCUAAUUUGGAAAAACUGAAAAUAGUUUUGCCUUCUGAACAGUUUGGAAAGCCAAUAAAAAGUCCUCGUGGUGUUGGUACUUCCAAAGAAAAUGCCUUUGACUUUAAUGAGGAUCGUUUGUUUCGACAUACGAAGGAAGCUAUAGUUUUACAAAGUGAUGGUUCCAUUGGACAGUCUCCUCGUCGAAUUUUUAUUCCCCCAACUCUUUCACCCAGUCAGUCUCCCUGCAAAGCUGCUGCCGGAUCACCUGUAUCCAAACUGGUUCUUGUAUCGAAAUUACCUGCAGGUACGAGUCCACUUGUGAAAUCUGCUGCUCCUACUGCUUCUACUCCCACAACCACCUCCAUCACUACCACCUUACCAACUUCAAAUCCAUCUUUAGUUCCUCCUUCAUCGUCUGCACCAAAAUGUUCUGUGAAAAAAUGGGAGCAGUUUGAUGAUAAUACUGCAUGUCCACUGCAAACUGUAGAAUGUAGUAAAUUAGGACCAGAUUCACUUGAAGGUAGUCACAGCAGAGAUGAAGCUGUAAAACCUGAUGGUAAAGAACAGACAAAAAGUAAACUUUUCACUGCUGAAUGUAGUGGCAAUAUUGAGUCUCCUCUCGUUGGGCAUAGAACCCAGCUGAGAGGUCAGGAGACGGAGGAGGAGGAAGAAGAGAUAUUAAAAGUUGAAAUAGGUUCUAGUGAAGUAGGUAAAGCCUAUAAUAUAGAACUGGAAGUGCCUACCAAAGAUAAGAUGGACAUCUCUCACAAUAAACCUAACUGUUGAUUGAUCUAUGUAAUGUUAGAUCAAAUCUGCCUGGACUUACCAUUUGAGAAAGCAUAGGAAGCAUUUCCAUUUUGAAGGUGUCUUAUAUAACUGAAAUGGCUUCUGCUGAUAAACAUGUUGGCCUCAAAAACCAUAUUGGUUUGUUUGUAUAUGUCACUGAACUGCCUGUCUCACCAAAGCCAAGUCUUUUGGUUGGAUUAACCAUUUUUCCUUUGCCAAUUUCAUAUAUCAAUAUGUGCGAUAGUAUGUAUGUACGUAUGGAUGGAUGGAUGGAGGUGUAAAUGAGAAAUAGAAUUCUUCUCAAUAAGCAUAGGUGAGAUUGUUAAUUUAUUCAGUGCCAAGGUUUUGGGGUGUCAAAUGUUGCCAUUGCUAGGCAUGGGAAACUCAGAGUAGCAAUGGAGUAUGGAGUGAAAUUACAUUACAGUUUGGAAUGAAAAGAUAAAAAUCACAAAUGUACAUAUUGUAAGUGUGUAUGUAUGUGGGCACUUGUGUGCAUCUGUGUAUGUGGGGGAGGGGGCAUGUUUCUCUAGGUAUAACAUGAAGAGGCAUGCACAUUCAUAUAUAUAUACCAACACAUAAGUACAUACAUACAUAUAUAUAUGUAUAUGAACACAUAUAAAUACGUACACACACACACACACACAUAUAGGUAUGUAUGUAUAUAACAUACUUAUGUGCAGCAUACCUAUACACUUGCAUAUAAAUAAUAAUUUCUCUCUCUCUCUCUCUAUAUAUAUAUAUAUAUAUAUAUAUAUAUGUGUGUGUGUGUGUGUGUGUGUGUGUGUGUGUGUAUAUAUACACACACAUAUAGUAUAUCAUUGCGUGUUUACUUCCAGUAUAGUGGUGUGGUUACUACUGGACUUAAGAGUAUUGCUUGUUAUGAUUUACAUCAUGAUAAACACAAAUAUAUAUAUGUCAAUUGUCUCUUUGUACAUUUCACUAUUAUGGUUAUUUGCAACCUCUGCAUUGGAUGUUCCAUGUGCAUAUUGAUGCUUAACCAGAACAGAUCAUCAGGGCAAUUUGAUCUGUGUAACAUAAUGCAAUAAAGUGUUCCCAAGUGAAGGUUAGAAAUAGCCAGAAUAGUAAAACACAUGUAAGGAACAAAUGAUGUAAAAUUGUGUUUAUCAUAAUUUCAUCUUAUGAACACAUAUAUAUGUAAGUGUGUACAUAUACAUAAGUACAUAUAUAUGCAUAUAUAUGUGUGUGUGUCUGUGUAAAUAUAUAUAUAUAUAUUUAUAUACUUAUAUAUGUGCCUAUGUAUGUAUACAUAUAUAUAUAUAUACAUCUAUUAUGUAUAUUAUACUUAUAGAAUAAACUCUACUACAUGUAUCGAGUAUUUCUGCUUGCUUGUAGACAUAAAAUAUGUAAUACAGAUAAUAAUAUAUGUACAUAUAUUAUUAGAAUUAAAAUGUAUAUAUGUGAAUACACUAUAUCAUACUUGUACAUAAUAUAUUAUGUGUGUGUGUGUGUAUGUAUAUGUAUAUAUGUGUAUAUAAUAUAUAGAUAUCAACACAUAUAUAUAUAUAUAUAUAUAUAUAUAUAUAUAUAUAUAUAUAUGUUUGUAUGUAUGUAUGUAUGUAUGUAUUGUAUCAUAUAUACAGACUAGCACACAUUAGUUUCUCUAGACAACCAAAAUGGAAUGUACUGAAUACAUGUAGGGGAUUAAAUUUAUUUCUUCAAAGCUUCUGGUUCAUUCUGUUGGUUCUUCAGAAUUCAAGAUCCCUGCUUUAGUGGCUUCACAUAACUGACUGAUCGCACUAAAGUGAGAAAAGGGCAGUGUAUCGUUUACCUUGUUACAAAUAUAUGUAUGCAUGUAUGUGUGUAAAUAUGUAUGUAUAUUUAUAUAUGUGUGUGUGUGUGUGUGUGUGUGUGUUAGAAGAAACAAAUAGGAAUGGCUUUCUGAUCAUAUUUCCACUUUAAUAAUUAGAUGUUUAUAAAUUAUUGUAAAUGCCAAAAGAUUUAUAAGCAGUACUCAAGUGGAAAAAUUAUCAGAAUGCCAUUCCUAUUCAUUUCUUCAAAUAUAUGUAAUACUGUACCAAAGAUUCAUACAUACGUGUGUGUGUGUGUGUGUGUGUAAUACAUAUAUGUAUAUAAAUCGUAAUUGUUAAAAAUAUACUAUGAAAGCAAUAUAUACCAAUAGAAAGAGGCAACACAAGAAAGACAAGUUUGUUUUAAAAAAUGUUUUUAUUAGUUUAAUAAUUGAAAUGAAGGGAAAGAAUGAGGAUGUUUCAGACACUUCUGUGUUGUCUUUGUUUUUGCACUCAUUGCUUUCAUUCCUUAUAUAUAUAUAUAUAUAUAUAUAUAUGUGCACACAAUUGUAUGGUUUUGUGUUGUGUAGCAUUUAUGUA